UUGUUUUAUUGUUCAUUAGGCUCAAAAGAUACAUUUCUAACAGCAAAUAUUGUAGCAUACUUUGUAGCAAGCGUUUUACAUGCGCCACUAUUAAUCUUCGUGUUAUGUAUGGCAGGAAACGAUCAAAUCUCACAAAUGUGCGUUUAUAUAAGACGCACCUGAUUCGAUUUGAAAAUUAGCGUGGCGUUUCCUCUUUUUCCAAAGUCUUCCAUUUUCCUCUGUAAGUUUAUGUAAAGAAAAGAUGUGGCUACACAGGACACAAAGUUUUUGCGUAGUGGUCCCGGGCUGCUUCUUGCUCUCCAUCCUGCUAACCACCACGCCUCUGUCUAUCCCAUCUCUGCGGAAGGACACGCUGCUGUGCUUUUACUGCCCACUGCAACUCAAACCCGAACCGUGCCCCUUCAUUACCACCCGAUGUUUGCCCGAUGAGGUGUGCGCUAACUCCCAUGGCUACCACGGUGCCAUCCAGGUCGUGUCCGCCCAGGGAUGCAUCAAAAGACAUCUCUGCGGGUCCCAUGGGUUCCAGUUCCGUCUCGGCGUCAGGUACAACGUCAGUCACACCUGUUGCUGCAAAGACACGUGCAACCACUUCUUGCCGAUGUCUGAAAGGAGCGUCAGUGUUACGAUCUCGGUUGUCCAAGAGGAGCCUUUUGAUUCGUGUGCCAAUUAUACAUCGCCACCAAUGUUCAAAAGUGAAAAUGAAUGACAUGGAAACUACAGGAAGAGGCCUGGUAUCCAAAGGCGCUCAACCAGAACAUUUUUUAAUUUUAUGUGUGCAUAAUGAUGAAAAUGAAUUUUGCUGCGCCAGAUAAUUAAAGGUGGACCUGUCAGCCAUCCUUUCUGGUUUGAAUUCUUGAUUAUAAUGAAUAAAAUGCUUUUUAUCACCAUA